AUGACGGAUUUUCCACAGGUCGCACAUAGGUUAUUAGAACCUAUACCUCAAUAUGUUUUAGGUUGCUUACCAGCUAUAGCAAUAGCGGGUGCCUCACCAAUGAAUACCUUUAUAGAAAAAUUGGUAUGGAUGUUACGGUGUCUUGGUUGUCCAUUUAUUGGAGUUUUUUACUCUGUUAACAUUGGAGGUAAAGAAGAACCUCGUUGCCUAUUUUGGCUUCCAGUAGAAUACUUUGCCACAAGCGAAGGUGAAAACCCACCAUACAGACCCGUUGGAUUAUAUACCAUGAAACUUAAAGAAAAUAAUGACAUAAAAGAACAUGUAAAUAGAUGCACAGCAAAAGCGUCAGUUCUCGAAAAAUUUUCAUCAAUAAUAUCUAUGUAUUAUAUUGUGGUCGGUAUAUUAGCAGGAAUAUCCAGAACCACUGGAUCGCAUAUCUGUGAAGAUUGGCCUUAUAUUCCAUUGUUAUUGUCUUGGACACUUCCAGCACUCUGUAGAAGAAUAUUUUCUGGAAACUUGGUAGUCAAGGAUCCUAAGAUAGAAUUUAGAAAUAUAACAAUAACUAUGGAAGAAGCCCCGGAUAUUAGAAGACAUAAACGUCUUACUUCACACCCCCAAUUGGAUACUAUUGCCGAAGCAAAUAUGUCACGACAAUCUGUGCCAUAUGGUCAUUUAAUAGCAUUUUGGCAUAUUUUUGGCAUUUGA